AAACUAUGACUAAGUAAUGUAAUCCAGGUUAAUUAAAUUCCUGUCUGAGGGGCGGCCGUUAGACAGGAUCCUCCAAGUGGUUCAUGGUAGCCCCACAGACAGGAGAGAAGCGAGGGAGGGAGUAACAGAGAGUCAAAAGACCGCCAGGCGCACGAUCCAGCGCUGAGUGCCGCCGAUGAGGAAGUGCAACAACUGAACCUGCGAUGUGGAGGGAGGAGAGCCGCUCAUCUCUGUAGUUCCUGCCGGGGGAACGUCAGCCGUCAAAACGCGUGGACUUGGUGACACCAGUGAGAUGCCCAGGGAGUUAUAUCAGUAAUCAUGUGCCUUAUUGGCACCGAGUCGGUGCCAGCGCAGCGGUGUGAGGUUUGUGGAGAGAAGUGAAGCGGUGGAGGAGGAGGAAGAGGAGGGGUAGACAGCCUGGCAGACAGGUGCGACUCCACCGUCUGUUUCAUUUUCUCUGUUUCAGAGCCAUGGAUACCCGCAAGGAAAACAAGGUAAGAAAGCAGCCCAUGAAGCCCAAAACUACCAAGCGAAAGGAGAAGAAAUACAAAACCGGGUUCGUCAGGAGGAAAUCGUUGCGGUCUUUUGGGAAUUUCAUGGGAAGGAUCCUUAAAACUUUGGGCACUUUGGCGCACUUUGGCGACGCGGCGGCGCCGCCGGACGCAGAGGACGACGACGGCGGCUUCGGGCAGAGCACCUCGGGGGGUUUCAAAGACGUCAGGGACGGAGCCGUGAAGAAAAGCUCCACGGUGUCCUCCUCUCACGGCUCGGUGAAAGACAGACUGUCGUGGUGCUACGGCGACAAGACCCCCGGGGUGCUGGGACUGAAGAACCACGGCAACACCUGUUUCAUGAACGCCGUGGUUCAGUGCCUCAGCAACACGGACCUGCUGGCCGAGUACCUCGGGCUGGAGCGGUACAGGUCGGAUACGUGCCACAGGAGGCUGAACGGGGAGGUGAGAGGAGAGGAGCCGCAGACCGCCAGGGCAGAAGUGACCGAGCAGCUGGCGUCGCUGGUUCGAGGGCUGUGGACGCUGGAAUACACGCCGCAGCUGUCUGUGGAGUUCAAGAGCAUUGUGGCCAAAUAUGGCUCUCAGUUUCGGGGAAACUCUCAGCACGACGCCCUCGAGUUCCUUCUCUGGCUUUUGGACCGAGUUCAUGAAGAUGCUAAUUCCACAGCUGACAACAACAGCAGCAAGACCAAAGCCAAUGCCAAGGGACCAAGUUCAUUGGAGAAUUCUUCUAGUCCCAGUGUAGCCAGCACCCAGCAACCUCGAGGUCGACACAGUUUUGUCCAGGAACACUUCCAGGCUCAAUACAGGUCUUCUCUGACGUGCCCUCAUUGCCUUAAGCAGAGCAACACCUUUGACCCAUUUUUAUGUAUCUCUCUGCCCAUUCCUCUACGACAAACCAGGCCACUUUGUGUGACGCUGGUGUUCAGCACGAAGGGUCAGCGGUAUCUGCGGGUGGGUCUGGCUGUGCCUCUGUUUGGUUCCGUGUCCUGCCUGAGAGCGAUGGUGGCAGCGGAGGGCAACAUCUCCCCAGGCCAGAUUAUCCUAUCAGAGCUUUACUCGACGGGUUUCCAGCGUUCUUUUGCAGAUGAUGACGACCUGACUUCAAUAGCUGACAGCGAUGUCGUCUACGCCUUCCAGGCUCCUCCCCUCUGUAGCCGUGGGAGCUCCGCACCGCACUCAGGGUAUCACCACAGCCUCCCUUCCUCCCCCUACACCUCCACGGCUGGACCUGAUGGUCAGAGAUUACCUCCAUCCGGCACCCUCUCAUCUGAGUACCUGAACCAGGGCAGCUCCACGAAGGUCCUCCUCCUCAUGUGCAACACAGCAGGAUCUGGCCAGCAAGCUGUCAGGUUCGGGCCUCCAUUUCUCAUGCUGGAGGACAGGAGCAUCUCCUGGGACCAGCUGCAACAGAGCAUCCUCAGCAAGCUCUAUUAUCUGAUGCUGAAUGGAUCUCAGGCUCAGAAUGCUGGAGUGCUUUUUAAGAUCAGAGUGGUUGGAGGAUCUGCAGCCUAUAGCUACCUGUCCCCACAGGACAGCAGACCACUGUACCACCCUGCAGUUGACAGAGCUCUGAAGUUCUGCGGCCCGGGAGGACCUCCACAUGUGAAGCUUGUUAUCGAGUGGGAGCACAGCUCUAAAGAAUGUCUGUUUGGCAGCAUCCAGGAGGAGGUGGUGAAGGAUGCAGAGAGUGUGAGGAACCAGCAGCAACAGCAUCUUCAGCAGCAUAGCUGUACCUUGGACGAGUGCUUUCAGCUGUAUACCAAAGAAGAACAGCUCGCCCCAGAUGAUGCCUGGAAGUGUCCCCACUGUAAGCAGCUCCAGCAAGGGAUGGUGAAGAUGAGCCUGUGGACGCUGCCUGACAUACUGAUCCUCCAUCUCAAGCGCUUCCGACAAGUGGGAGAGCGAAGGAACAAGCUGUCAACCCUGGUGCGUUUCCCCCUGACUGGUCUGGACAUGGCCCCCCAUGUAGUGAAGAGAAGUCAGAGUAUGAGGAAUGUGAACAUGGGGUCAUCUCAACCCUCAUGGAAGCAACCCUCAGGCCAACACCACCAAUCUGCUGACGUGAUCCUCCCCCACGACUACCUGUAUGACCUCUACGCUGUGUGCAACCAUCACGGAGGAAUGCAUGGAGGACAUUAUACUGCCUACUGCAGGAAUUCGGUGGAUGGUCAGUGGUACAGCUACGAUGACAGCAGCGUAGACCUGGUACCAGAGGAGGAAGUAUGUACCAGAGGAGCUUACAUCCUUUUCUACCAGAGACGCAACACCAUUCCUCCAUGGUCAGCCAGUAGCUCCAUCAGAGGUUCUACAAGUUCAUCAAUGUCAGACCAUUGGCUUAUCAGGCUGACGGGGGACAGUAAAAGAGGCAGUCUGGUGUCUCGUUCUUCCACCACCUGCCCGUCUUCCAUACCAGACUCUCCAGAAUCUCCAGUCUUCCUUGACAAUGGCUUUAAAGAGGAAAGAGGGGGCUUUGAGAGCAGGCCAUUCAUCAGGGGUCUUCAGGGGCGCAGUGUGAGCAUGAGAGUGCCCAGCAAGACUAAGGACACCCUGAGCAAAGUGCUUCCCCUGCGCUGGUCUUUUGGUUCCAAGGACAGACGAAAACCUGAACCAGUGCCUCCCCCCGUCCCGGAUCCUGCCCCUGCUGAGCUGGUACAAUACUUGGAAUCCGGCCGGCGACCCCGAUGCACAAAGGAUUCAAUAGUGACAUUGAUGAGUGAACCACGUGGAUCAAAGGAAGCUGCCAAGGGCCGCGCUGCAGCCGAUGUUCGAUCCUCCAGCGUGGGAAGUAUAAGUUGUGUGGGUAAGGCAGAUGAGGAGCUGCCAUUUCCACAGGUCCCUGAGGGCCAGAGGCGGCCUUCGGAGAAGACAACUAGCCUGAGACGCAACAAGGGGAGCCAGACAAGAGAGGAGAACACAGGGAAUAUCCCCAGUAGCUCUAGUAGUAACACCCUUAACAGGAGGAAGGAAGCCAGGAAGCAGAGCUCCUCCAAAUCUUCACAGGACACUGAGACAAGACAGAGUUCCCGUGCUGGAGUUCAGCCAAGCUACAGUACACCCAGCCUUCAUGAUGGGACUUUAAGAAGACAAAAGGGGGACAGAGCUGAUAAGCCACACCAUGGUACAUAUGAAAAAAACCCUAAGACCAAGAAAGGAGAAGUUCCCAAGAGCCAUGAGGGAUUGCUGUCUUUCUUCAAAGGUAACUUCCUGAAGAAGGAUAAAGAGUCCAGGAAGUCAAAGGAGGGUGAAUCAGGGAGAGAAGGAGCUGAGGAAGGAAGCAGAAGGUCCUUAUCCAGACUGUCGCUGUCUAACGGAGCAGUAGGAGGCAGAACUGGAGUGGAAGAUGGCAAGUCUAACGGCUCCGGCCAUCUAGCUGAUGAACUGGCAAACGGGAAGGUGAGUCGCACCAUGACUGACAUUAAACGCUCCCAAAGCUCCUCUAACAUCCCCACUAAAGCGGAGCAGAGCAUGCGCAGGACGGCGUCUUUACAUCGUAAUGGGAUGUCUACAACCACGGCUCCAUCACGCAGCCUGACGACGGAUAAACCAUCUUAUGGCACACUGCAGAGGACUCGCUACAGCACAACCUCACUGGGACGCAAAAGGACAGUCCCUGAGUCCAGCUUCUGACACAGAAAUAUUCAGCAUUAGACAUCCACACACAAAGCCUUUUACCUAAUAUGAAGUCAGUGACAUCUAAUCUCUGAAAUCGAAGCAAUAGUGCUCCAGUCACAAUGAUGCGCCUUUUUGUUCCCAGAAAAUUAACUGACUCGAGUGGUUUGUUCCAUGGAGUCAAGACAAAUGAAGGGUCCUUUAAUCCUGGAGCGUAGAGCAGAGUGAAGUAGUGUGACCUGUCCAUCAAAUAUGUGAAUUAUCUCUGUUUUUUAUGGCCUGAAAACAAGUGCCUGAGCAACGAAAUAUGCAGUUUACACCAAUGAGUUUAUGUCUGUUUAGCACUGGAGGUACCCAAAUACAUACACAUGCAUACAAACAUACUUUAUGCAUUUGUGUGUUAUUAAUGUAAUGUGAGUUUUGGAAUUCAUCACUGUUUUGAACUCAUGGUUGUUGCUUACAAUUAAGACACAUUGAUUGUGUUAAUUUAUACAAAUAUAUUGUGUCCACUUGGUUAACAGUGGCUCUUCGACGCUGCAGUUUCUGGUUAACAUCUUUGAACACAAGGCUGUUUUUAUAAAGCAUUAAUUUGUGUCCAUUUGAUUCCAGACUACAGUUAUUGCUUAUUUAAUUAUUAGUAGCUGAGACUGACAUUCAGAAAAUUUAAAAGUGCAUUUGUCAACUGUGAAGAAUAAUAUGAAUAGAAUAUCGACCCUAAGAGAAUUUUUUAGACCUUUUAUUGCAAUAUUGGUUAACCAUGAUGAUUGGAUUCCAUGUUUUUGUCCUUGUAAUACUGCUGUAAACCCACUGCUGUGUUUUGUUAUCAGUGGUUUUUUGAUCAACUGCUGUGUUUUGUUAUGUAGAGAUGGUGGCCACAGCUAGCAAAGAAAAGUGUUUUUGACUUGAAAUGGAGCAUGUGUCCACGUUACAUGUCGGCUCCACUGAAGCUAGCAGGAUAAUAAUAGUUUGGUUGGUGAAUGGGCCUCCCAAGUGGCUGCUCUGCAAGACUACCGUUUUUUUCUUUGUGAGGGAUUUUCACUAGACUACAACAUUCCCUGCUUUCAUUUUUGCAAUCAGUCUUCUUUGUAGCAGAGGUGAUAAAUUUGCAGCCUAUCAAUGACCGCGUUUUGCCAGUACUAAGAAAGAAAAAUACUUGACAAUACACCAAAAUGGACACAAAAAUGGAAAG